AUGACGAGGACUGUACUGUCAGCGGCCGUCAGAGCUGGUCAACGAUCAGCCUUUCCAGUACGGUCGUCUGUACUCUCAGACGCGAGGACAUUCCAUGCCACUACUUCACUCCAGCAGAAGAAGCCAGAAGCAAUAGCCGAGGCGUUCUUAUCCAAGUUCGCCCAUGGCAAGGAGUUCGUCCGGAAGCAAUUGCUCGAUGCCAAUCAACUUCGUCUGUUCUCUUUAACAUCGGAUCGCACGAAGCUAUGGCCAGGAUCAGAAUCACUCGAGCAGAACGAACCUGCUGCAGGAACGCCACUGCCGGCUGGCUACCAUAAUGCUUACUUCACGCCGACUCAGCUACCAGGCGCCCUUGGCAUCGAUGGAACCGAUACAUCAUAUAAUCCAGAAGCACCUUUCACCCGUCGGAUGUGGGCAGGCGGCUCAAUCCACUGGCCGGGCGCAGAUCCCAGCGCAUCAAGCCAGUCCUACCUAAAGGUCGGCGACAUCGCAACAGAAGUGACCAAAGUCAAAUCCUGCGAAGUCAAGACCAUCAAGAAGACCGGCGAAGCCAUGCUCGUCGUUGGUGUUGUGAAAGAAUUCCUCGACUCAAAGGACAACCUCUGCGUUACUGACAACCGCAACUGGGUCUUUCGCGAAGCCCUUGAUCCCAGCAAGAGGGCCAAAAGCCCACAGAAGCCACCAGAGUCGACCUUGGACGAGCUCAAGCGAGUAGACGGAGGAAAGCUGGUGAGACAUUUCAACAGAGACCCGCCAACGCUGUUCCGUUUCAGCGCGUUGACGUUCAAUGCGCAUCGCAUCCAUUACGACAAGCCUUGGAGCGUUGAUGUUGAAGGCCACCGGGACACUGUCGUGCAUGGGCCGCUGAACAUGCUUGGCAUGCUAGACCUAUGGAGAGACGAGUAUGCCGGUAUUGCUGGAAAGGAGAUUCUGCUUCCGAAGAGCUUGAAGUACCGUGCUACGAGCCCGGUGUAUGUUGGGGAAGGGUACAGGAUCUUGAUCGAGAAGGAUACGAUCGAUCAGAGUGAGGUGCCGAUUGAGGUUGUUAGUAAUGAUGGGACGAGCUGUAUGAAGGGUACUGUAGAGAGGUAUUAA